UCAGACCUGCAAUAACAAAGCAAAAAAUAACAAUCACCGGCGGAUCCCCAUUCUCCAGUUAUUAAACGCAGGUCUCAUUCAUUUCCAGUGCGUUUAAUAAUCCCUUUUUUUAUAACGCCAUGGACAUGAAGAAGAUCUCCACCGCCAUCAUUGUUGCCGCUGCCUCAAUGAGCGCCGUCAUGGCUGCCGAAGCACCUGAUCCUUCCCCUUCCGCCGGUGGUUCUAGUCCUAGCUCCUCUCCUGCUUCCGCCACAGCAUCAGGACCAGAUUCCAGCGUGGCUGCCGCAACCUUGCCUGUUCUUGGAUCAUUGGUUGGGGCUUCCAUUGUUUCUUUGUUUUCUUACAUGCUGCAGUAAGCUACAUGUAUGAAAAAUCAACAUGUCAACGAAUAUUUUAUUUUAUUUUUAUUUUUUGUAAGAAACAUGUGAUGAAUAUUGAAAAAUUGAAAUGGAGCUUUGGAAAGUAUGUUGUGUUUAUGCUUUUACUUUUCGAUUUAUUCAAAACAAUGAAUAACUUGAAAAUAACAAUGAAUUAUUGAACUAAUAA